UGACACGACCUCUUAGUCACACCAAGGAGACAGUUUGAUGUGGAGGAGGAGGGUGUUGAUAAGCUGGCUCUGAGGGUUGACCUGUGGAAUGCCAGUAACCUGAAGUUUGGGGAUGAGUUCCUGGGAGGGGUCAGAGUUCCUCUGAAGGCCCUGGGACAGGCUGGGGUCCACGACGCAUGGUACUUUCUGCAGCCCAGGGAUAAUGGAGGGAAGCCAGUGAAAGUGGAUGAGUUGGGUUCUCUUCGUUUAAACAUUGUUUACACUGAGGACCAUGUGUUCCCCUCUGACCACUACGGCCCUCUGAGAGACCUGAUGUUGACCUCGGCUAACGUAAAGCCGGUUUGUCGGCAUCAGCCGCUCAUAUCCUCGGGGAGGUCUGUCGGGAGAAACAGGAAGCUGCGAUCCCAUUGGUCCGUCUGUUCCUUCACUAUGGAAACAUCCUGCCUUUCCUCAGUGCCGUCGCCCACGCAGAGGUCAACCGCACACAGGACCCUAAUACCAUCUUCAGAGGGAACUCUCUAACGUCUAAGUGUAUCGAUGAGACCAUGAAGCUGGCUGGGAACCACUACCUCCAGGUCACCUUGAGAUCCAUGAUAGAUGAAAUCUGUACUGACCACAAGCCCUGUGAGAUCGACCCGGUGAAACUCAAAGAGUCAGAAAACCUAGAGACCAACAGGGAGAACCUGCGUCAGUAUGUCGACCGGAUCUUCAACAUGAUCACAACGUCAGGCGUGCGUUGUCCCACCGUCAUGUGUGAUAUUUUCUUCUCACUCAGAGAAUCUGCUGCAACACGUUUCGAAGUCGACCAGGAUGUGAGGUACACAGCGGUCAGUAGUUUCAUCUUCCUGCGAUUCUUCGCCCCGGCCAUCCUCUCUCCCAACCUGUUCCAGCUGCGACCGCAUCACCCAGACCCCGCCACGUCUCGGACCCUCACCCUCAUCUCAAAGACCAUCCAGACCCUGGGUAGCCUGGCCAAGUCCAAAUCAGCUAGUUUUAAAGAGACUUACAUGGCGGCCUUCUACGAUUACUUCAACGAGCAGAAGUAUGGCGACGCUGUGAAGAACUUCCUGGACCUAAUCUCGUCGUCAGGGAGAUGGAACCAGAAGAGUAUCGAGACUCCCAUCAUGCUGAAAGAGGGGUUCAUGAUCAAGCGAGCCCAGGGGAGGAACCGUUUCGGGAUGAAGAACUUCAAGAAGAGGUGGUUUCGCCUCACUAACCAUGAGUUUACCUACCACAAAACCAAAGGUGAGGGCGCUCUCUGCAGAAUCCCUAUAGAGAACAUCCUGGCUGUAGAGAGACUGGAGGAAGAGUCAUUCAAGAUGAAGAACAUGUUCCAGGUAAUCCAGCCAGAGAGGGCUCUCUACAUCCAGGCCAAUAACUGUGUGGAGGCCAGGGACUGGAUAGACAUCCUGACCAAGGUCAGCCAGUGCAACAGGAAGAGACUGAGCACCUACCACCCCUCAGCUUACCUCAACGGUCACUGGCUCUGCUGCAAGAUGUCUGCCGACACAGAACCAGGCUGUACACCCUGUACUGGGGGCCUCCCAGCCAACAUUCAGCUGGAUGUGGAUGGAGACAGAGAGGCUGAGAGAAUCUACUGCCUGUUCAGCACGUACAUGAACAAACUGGUCAACAUGCAAGAGGCCUGUGGCAGUAGAUCGGUAUAUGACGGCCCAGAGCAGGAGGAGUAUUCCUGCUUCCUCAUCGACGACCCCCGGGAGACCUAUAAGACCCUGAGAGUCAUCAUCUCCUCUGUUCAGACACUGGAGCAGCAGCACACCAAGUACAAACGAGACAUGUUCAGGAAGACCAAGAUCGGCAGCCAGGAUCAUCCAAUCGGAGACAAGAGUUUUCAGUGUUACAUCCACCAACAGUCUGAGAGCUCCACCUACUCCAUCUAGCCCCGCCCACCAACCACUGCCAUGAAGCGCAGAGCUCCGCCCCCGAUGACCUGAGACCUAGCAACACUUCCUGGUUACUCCUGGUCCACGGCUUCCCAUGGUGCAUCUUUCAGAACACGGACACUCAGAGCCGAGGUCUAAUGGGGUAGAAUAGUCUAUGAUGAUGUGCUACAACACAAUGCUCUGGACUGUUGGUGUACCAGUGACCACGCACUUUAACCCGCCCCACAACGGACAUAAAGCUACUGCCUCAGACCGUUCUGAAACAGUCUGGUUUUAUUGCUCAUGUUUUGGUAAUGUUUGAUAACCAAAUGGUUUAAGUGGUAUAUUCCUGGUGUGGAAACCACCCAUUCCUUUGUAUUGCAAGGUUGAAAGACUGUUCACUUGGGGUCACGUCCGACUAUGUAUGUGUUGACCCCCCCGCCCCCCCGCACUCCUUCCAGGGAAAGAUGAUGACAGAGGGAGGAGACGGGCAGGUCAUCAGUCAGCGACAGCGAUCAUGAGGACCCCUAGCUGUUCAUCUGACUGAUUAGUGCAGCCUUCAUUUACAAUCUGGAUCGUCCUGUUUUAAUUGUUUAAGAGUUGUAGUGUUUAAUUCCGAGCCUGGUUCUGCUUUUGGUAGUUCUCUGCUGCCUCCUGGCCUGUACCCUGUCCCUGGGUCAGAACUCUGCUGCCUCCUGGUCUGUACCCUGUCCCUGGGUCAGAACUCUGCUGCCUCCUGGCCUGUACCCUGUCCCUGGGUCAGAACUCUGCUGCCUCCUGGUCUGGGUCAGAACUCUGCUGCCUCCUGGUCUGUACCCUGUCCCUGGGUCAGAACUAUGCUCCCUCCUGGUCUGUCCCUGGGACAGAACCCUGCUGCCUCCUGGUCUGUAUCCUGUCCCUGGGUCAGAACUCUGCUCCCUCCUGGUCUGUCCCUGGGUCAGAACUCUGCUCCCUCCUGGUCUGUCCCUGGGACAGAACCCUGCUGCCUCCUGGUCUGUACCCUGUCCCUGGGUAAGAACUCUGCUCCCUCCUGGUCUGGGUCAGAACUCUACUGCCUUCUGGCCUGUACCCUGUCCCUGGGUCAGAACUCUACUGCCUCCUGGUCUGUACCCUGUCCCUGGGUCAGAACUCUGCUCCCUCCUGGUCUGUCCCUGGGUCAGAACUCUGCUCCCUCCUGGUCUGUCCCUGGGACAGAACCCUGCUGCCUCCUGGUCUGUACCCUGUCCCUGGGUAAGAACUCUGCUCCCUCCUGGUCUGGGUCAGAACUCUACUGCCUUCUGGCCUGUACCCUGUCCCUGGGUCAGAACUCUACUGCCUCCUGGUCUGUACCCUGUCCCUGGGUCAGAACUCUGCUCCCUCCUGGUCUGUCCCUGGGACAGAACCCUGCUGCCUCCUGGUCUGUACCCUGUCCCUGGGUAAGAACUUUGCUCCCUCCUGGCCUGUACCCUGUCCCUGGGUCAGAACUCUGCUCUCUCCUGGUCUGGGUCAGAACCCUGCUGCCUCCUGGUCUGGGUCAGAACUCUGCUGCCUCCUGGCCUGUACCCUGUCCCUGGGUCAGAACUACAAAUCCCAGUUGUGUAUGCAUUCCCUCAGAUUUCUCCUGCUGUGAAUCUAGUUAAUGGUCAGGUCCAGGGCCUAUGGAAGGUACGGCCAUUAUGGUUCACUCUCUGCAUUGUGAGAAACCAACUAAACUAACCCGGUGACUGGUUGCUAUGUCCAAAGCAACAGAACUAACCCGGUGACUGGUUGCUAUGUUCAAAGCAACAGAACUAACCCGAUGACAGGUUGCUAUGUCCAAACCAACAGAACUAACCCGAUGACAGGUUGCUAUGUCCAAACCAACAGAACUAACCCGAUGACAGGUUGCUAUGUCCAAACCAACAGAACUAACCCGAUGACAGGUUGCUAUGUCCAAACCAACAGAACUAACCCGAUGACAGGUUGCUAUGUCCAAACCAACAGAACUAACCCGAUGACAGGUUGCUAUGUCCAACCAACAGAACUAACCCGAUGACAGGUUGCUAUGUCCAAACCAACAGAACUAACCCGAUGACAGGUUGCUAUGUCCAAACCAACAGAACUAACCCGAUGACAGGUUGCUAUGUCCAAACCAACAGAACUAACCCGAUGACAGGUUGCUAUGUCCAAACCAACAGAACUAACCCGAUGACAGGUUGCUAUGUCCAAACCAACAGAACUAACCGAUGACAGGUUGCUAUGUCCAAACCAACAGAACUAACCCGAUGCCAGGUUGCUAUGUCCAAACCAACAGAACUAACCCGAUGACAGGUUGCUAUGUCCAAUCCAACAGAACUAACCCGAUGACAGGUUGCUAUGUCCAAACCAACAGAACUAACCCGAUGACAGGUUGCUAUGUCCAAACCAACAGAACUAACCCGAUGACAGGUUGCUAUGUCCAAACCAACAGAACUAACCCGAUGACAGGUUGCUAUGUCCAAACCAACAGAACUAACCCGAUGACAGGUUGCUAUGUCCAAACCAACAGAACUAACCCGAUGACAGGUUGCUAUGUCCAAACCAACAGAACUAACCCGAUGACAGGUUGCUAUGUCCAAACCAACAGAACUAACCCGAUGACAGGUUGCUAUGUCCAAACCAACAGAACUAACCCGAUGACAGGUUGCUAUGUCCAAACCAACAGAACUAACCCGAUGACAGGUUGCUAUGUCCAAACCAACAGAACUAACCCGAUGACAGGUUGCUAUGUCCAAACCAACAGAACUAACCCGAUGACAGGUUGCUAUGUCCAAACCAACAGAACUAACCCGAUGACAGGUUGCUAUGUCCAAACCAACAGAACUAACCCGAUGACAGGUUGCUAUGUCCAAACCAACAGAACUAACCCGAUGACAGGUUGCUAUGUCCAAACCAACAGAACUAACCCGAUGACAGGUUGCUAUGUCCAAACCAACAGAACUAACCCGAUGACAGGUUGCUAUGUCCAAACCAACAGAACUAACCCGAUGACAGGUUGCUAUGUCCAACGCAACAGAUCUAGCUGGGCAUCCAUUCUCUCUGUAGUCCGUGGGUGUUGUUAGGUACAGAGUCUUCCAUGAUGGCAGACAGUCUUCUGUAGCUACCGGUCUGGUUAGAUAACACUCCUAUGUCGUUGUCUCCUAAUGGAAAGCUAAACAGGCUGGUAUUAUCUACAUCUGCAUUCCUGAACCAAGUCAUAUGUGUUGCUGAGAUGUCUUUGUAUAUCUCCACACCACAACCCAUUUAAAAACCAUAAUGCCAAUUGCUACAAAUGUAUAUUUUCUAUCUUUGUGGGGGGUUUUUUAAAUGUUUGAUGGUCCUCAACAUUGAGUGUGUUUUAUAUCUUCAGACGAGCGUCUUGUCCUACAGAAUAGUCUGUACCUUAAUGCUCCUUGUGUUUUAUAUCUUCAGACUAGCGUCUUGUCCUACAGAAUAGUCUGUACCUUAAUGCUCCUUGUGUUUUAUAUCUUCAGACUAGCGUCUUGUCCUACAGAAUAGUCUGUACCUUAAUGCUCCUUGUGUUUUAAAUCUUCAGACUAGCGUCUUGUCCUACAGAAUAGUCUGUACCUUAAUGCUCCUUGUGUUUUAUAUCUUCAGACGAGCAUCUUCAAAUUGUCCCCCCCCUCCCCCUAAAAAAUAUAAUCCCCUCCAGGAUUUUCCUCUUCUAAAGGAUAACAGUGUAUUUUGUAUAAAUAUAUCAAGAGUAUUAAGACGUUAUUAUGUAUCUCUGUACAGAACAACUGAAUGGUUUAAAAUGAGAAAGAACUAAAUGAAGGCAAACCG